AUGGUCCACACCAUCUCCACCUCAAUCGACAUCAACGCGAGUGCGGAAAUUGUGUCCAAUAUUCUGUUUGAUUUCGACAAUUACGCCAAAUGGAACUCGUUUGUGGUGAAUGUUGAGAUCCCCAAACCAAGCCGAAACAUCACCAAGACGGCUGAUUUCGUCGGCUCGCAAAUCGACGUCUUUGUGUCGCAGGGAGACGACAACCUACCCCGCAACUUCAAGCCUACGAUUCUGGUAGCCAAUGAUAAGCACCUGAGAUGGGUCGGUCUGUUGACACACAGGUGGAUUCUAGCCGGCGAGCAUUUCUUUGAGAUUGUUACUACCAGCAAAAAUUCGUGUACUUUCAAACAUGGAGAAAACUUCAGUGGAGGACUUCCAUGGGUCCUGGGAUACACAACUUUUUUCGAGAAGCUGGAACCGGGGUUUGAACGCAUGAACCAGGAGCUCAAGGCGCUGGCAGAAGGAAUUUCCGCGGGAACAAUUGAUCUGGCGCUUCAGCAGAUUGAAAAUAUCCCCAGACAACCUUCUCAGAGCCCAGAUAGUAUGCGGUCCAAGACACUGGACAGAAAGGGCUCCAAGAGCAGUUCCAAGAGCUCAAUGAGUACAAAGAGUUCAAGUUCAAAGAGCGACGGUAAAAGGUCCAUUAGUAGACCGAGAAAAAAGUCCGGGAGCAAGGACAAGAAGUCUCCCUCAAGUUCCCCCUCAAACUCUCCAGUAGGGUCUCCUAAAGAGAAGUAG